AUGGGUUUCGGCGAGAUUGAUCAGAAGGCAAUCAACUCCAUCCGCGUUCUGGCGGUGGAUGCCACCUUUGCCAGCAACUCUGGACACCCUGGUGCUCCCAUGGGCAUGGCGCCGGUCGCUCACGUCCUGUUCAACAACUUCAUGAAGUUCAACCCCAAGAACCCCGACUGGUUGAACCGUGAUCGUUUCGUUCUCUCUAACGGCCACGGCUGCAUGCUUCAAUAUGCUCUCCUUCACCUGUUCGGCUACGCCCUCUCCAUUGACGACCUCAAGGCCUUCCGAACAGUCGACAGCAUCACCCCCGGCCACCCCGAGGCUCACGAUACCCCAGGUAUUGAGGUGACCACUGGUCCUCUGGGACAGGGUAUUUGCAAUGCCGUCGGUCUUGCCAUGGCCCAGGCUCACACUGCCGCCACCUUCAACAAGCCCGGAUUCACCAUCUCUGACAACUACACCUACUGCUUCCUCGGCGAUGGUUGCUUGAUGGAGGGUGUCUCUAGUGAGGCCUCCUCUCUCGCUGGUCACCUCCAGCUGGGCAACCUGAUUGCCAUCUACGACGACAACCAUAUUUCUAUUGACGGAGAUACCAACGUCGCCUUCACUGAGGACGUUGUCAAGCGUUAUGAAUCCUACGGCUGGGAGGUUCUCGUCGUUGACGAUGGUGACAACGACCUCAACUCCAUUGAGGCUGCCAUCAAGAAGGCCCAGCAGUCCAAGGACAAGCCUACCAUCAUCAAGCUCCGAACCACCAUUGGUUACGGAUCUCUAAACCAGGGCACCCACGGUGUCCACGGUUCUCCCCUUAAGGCUGACGAUAUCAAGCAGCUCAAGCAAAAGUUCGGCUUCAACCCCGACGAGAGCUUCGCUGUUCCCCAGGAGGUCUACGACUUCUACGGCAAGCACUCCUCCGCCGGUGCUGCCGCUGAGGAAGAGUGGAACAAGCUCCUCGCUCAGUACGCCGAGAAGUUCCCUAAGGAGCAUGCCGACCUCAUUCGCCGCCAGACUGGUGACCUCCCCGAGGGCUGGGAGAAGGCCCUCCCAGUCUACACUCCUGCUGACCCCGCCAUCGCUUCCCGCAAGCUCUCCGAGACUGUUCUGUCCAAAGUCGAGAGCGUCAUUCCCGAGCUGUUCGGUGGUUCCGCUGACUUGACUGGCUCUAACCUUACCCGCUGGAAGGAGGCUGUUGACUUCCAGGCCCCCUCCACCGGCCUCGGUGACUACGCUGGUCGCUAUGUCCGCUACGGUGUCCGUGAGCACGCCAUGGGUGCCAUCAUGAACGGUCUUGCCGCUUACGGUACCGUUCUGCCAUACUCCGGCACUUUCCUCAACUUCGUCUCCUACGCUGCCGGUGCCGUCCGUCUGUCUGCCCUUUCCCGGGUCCGCACUAUCUGGGUCGCAACCCACGACUCCAUUGGUCUUGGUGAGGACGGCCCUACUCACCAGCCUAUUGAGACUCUGGCUCACUUCCGUGCCCUCCCCAACAACAUGGUCUGGCGCCCUGCCGACGGUAACGAGACUAGCGCUGCCUACUACGUUGCCCUGACCUCCAAGCACACCCCCAGCAUCAUUGCUCUGUCUCGCCAGAACCUUCCUCAGCUCGAGGGCUCUACCCUCGAGAAGGCCAUCAAGGGUGGUUACGUUCUGCAGGAGGUUGAGGGUGCUCAGAUCACUCUCAUCUCCACUGGUUCCGAGGUUGGUAUCACCGUUGACGCUGCCAAGUACCUCUUGGACAAUCACAGCAUCAAGGCCCGUAUUGUCUCCAUCCCCUCAUUUGAGGUCUUCGACUCCCAGUCUAAGGAGUACCGCCUCUCCGUCCUCCCCGAUGGCAUUCCUUCCCUCUCCAUUGAGGUCAUGACCACCUUGGGCUGGGAGCGAUACAGCCACGAGCAGUUCGGUAUCAACCGCUUCGGUGCUUCCGGUGCCUACAAGGACGUCUACAAGAAAUUCGAGUUCACCCCUGAGGGUAUCAGCAAGCGCGCCGUCGCUACCAUCAACUUCUGGAAGGAUGUUCCCAAUAUCCGCUCCCCUAUCAACCGUGCUUUUGAACAGCUGAUCUAA